UACGCUCCUAAACAAAUGUACACCGUUUGGGGUGUAUAUUUACCACAGAACAUUAAUCGUCAUCUGUCUUGAUUGUGUUCCCUUUCUUGAAAACGCUGCGCUCGCUACUUUCCUGUCGAGAAUGCUUUGUCAUGCUGAUAAUUCGGAUGUCGUUCGGGACUUGGGAAGUACUACCGGGCACGCAGCGUUAAAGAAAGGAAAUGCGGGCAAGACAGAUGUCGAUUAUUGUUGUGUGGCAAGAUACGAACCAAAGGGUGUAAUUUUGUUUAAUAAUGUACCUAGAAACAUUUAUCUUUUGAGAAAGGUCGUCAGGAAGGUCGUCAAGGUUGCGAAAAGAUGGUCUCGAAUAAGAGACAUUUUGAAGCAUGGAAUUUGAGAAAAUUUUCACUUUAUUUUUCACCUUGAAAGACAUGCAUUGGGAAGGCUGCACCAAUAUGCUUUUUCCUCGGAGGUCGCAUGGCUUCGAAAACAUUUGCAGGUACCACAAGACCUUCGACAAGGUGAUGUGGGUGCACGCUGCUUCGGCCACAUUUAUCGUGUUCAACAUAUACGCAAACCUGUUCAAGCUCCUCCAGACUGACACAAGUGCACGUGACAUGAAGACGCCAGCUGUGCUUUUGCCGGGCUGGCGGCACUGUGCAGUGUGCUUGAUGAACGUGCCGCCCCGCUCUCAUCACUGCAGUGUGUGCAAUGAGUGCAUACUAAAACACGACCACCACUGCAUGUUUACGGGCCGCUGCAUUGGCUUCUACAACCAACGGUACUUCGUUGUUGCUCUCCUCUACAUGACUGUUGGCCUGUUCUACAGUCUCUCGUACAAGUGUCCCUACGUGCUUGAAAUGCUUGGCGGCAUCAACUUGGCGACUUUCUUGCACAUGGUGGCUCCACAUUUUGGCCUUCUGCUGGGUUUCGUUGAUGUCUGGCUUUUCCUGUGCAAUCUUGUGAAUCUUGUGGAACUGGUUGUGUUCUUCCUGUGUGCCUACCUAUUAAUGGUCGAGCUGAUCUGCGUGGCAAGAAACCAGACCACCUAUGAAAAAAGCCACGGCAUUCGGACCUACAGCAUGGGUCUUAGGAGGAACUUGAAGGAGACUUUGGGUGCCUCCUGGUUCCUGGUGUGGUUGUCUCCCUGGGUACAGUCCCCUGUGUCUGGAGAUGGGCUGCACUUUGACGGUCAUGUGGUUUGUAUGGAUGGCAAAAAGCAAGAGUGAGCUUUUGUGCCAAAGAGAGGGAGAGAUAAAACUGUUGCUUGGACAAUGCCACUUUAUUCAAUUUAUUCAAACCUUGAUUUAAACACAAAAAUGAAAAUGAGUGGUAGUCACAAUACCUGUUUUUUUUAGACCAUAGACAAUUUUCUAAGUUUGCCUGUGGCAAAUAGGGUAAUUGUAGUCCAUGAGCUGGAUAACUCGAAGCGGUGGACAUUGCUUAGAUAAAAAAAUUGAAAUACAUAAUUCCAUAAUUAACCUCUUUAAAUUCAUUGAUUUAGGGCACAUUGCCAUUUGCUAAUUGUAGCUGGAAAGGUUGCAAGGCAUAUCCACUUGGAGAGACUUCUAAGGAUUGCACGGGUUACAAAAUAUGCACUGUAAAACUUGAACUAAAAAUAAUGUAUUGUUCUAAUUAAUUUUUAACAAACUGCAGUUUGAUAUAUUCAAUUUUAGUAGGACGUUCUGGCGAGCUAGUUGGUUCAUAGCUUUAGUCGUUUCUUAUAACCGCAAAAAAAUGAGGACACAAGAAAGGAACACACACCACACCACAAGAAUUAGCAGUCUGCGCUUGUGGUGUGGUGUGUGUUUCUUUCUUGUGUCCUUGUUUUUUCACGGAGUUAUAAGAAACGACAAAAUGAUGUAUUCAAGCAUAAAAGCAACUGGAACGCCCAUGUAUUUCGUGACACUUUGGGAAUUAUCUCAAAACUAGUGCGGGCCUUAAAAAUGUGUUCCAGCAGAUGCUCCAUGUGAACUCAUUGGCUACAAUUUGUAACUUGCGAUAUGUGCAAUGCAGUAAUUAAAAGAUUAGUGCAUUUUUGUUAAUUAGUCAGUUGUGCAUUUUGAUUUCUGGUGCAAUGUCCACCUCUUCAAGUAAUCAAGCUGAAUGACUAGAAUUAUCCUAUCUGCCACAGACAUUAAAAAAGAAGCACCGCCCUUCCCAGUCUGUGAACAUGAUUGAACAGCGAAGCUGUGUUACUUACACCGAGUGUUACACCAUGCAAGUCAAACUUCGCAAGCAGCCUAUAUUGUAAAUCUUUUGUUUCAUGAAGUCAAGGUUUUGACGGAAGCCCGUCUGGUCCACACGACAUCAAAAUGACAGAUAGCUCCCUCAACCGGAAUGACGGAACCCUCUCACCCCCAUCGACACGUGCUGCUUACGUCAUAUUUUAAAGCCAUAUUAACAUUGUAACGCACGUCCUUGAUUUCACUGUGAACAAGGCUCCCGACAGGGAAGACGAAACAUCUUUUCUUGUAUUCUUUAAGUGAUUGGUGUCCGUUUUACCCUUCAUGAUGCCUUCCGACCACCCUCCUAAUCCAAAUGACAGAUAGAACCUUCAACCCGAAUGACGGAACCCUCCCCCCAUCUACACGUGCUGCUUACAUCAUAUUUUAAAGCCAUAUAAACAUUGUAUUGCACGUCCUUGAUUUCACUGUGAACAAGGCUCCCGACAGGGAAGACGAAACAUCUUUUCUUGUAUUCUUUCAGUCUUCAUGUUUUGUUUCACCAUUAUUUCACCUCAUUUUCGCUAUUGCGUGCUUCUCGUGGUGCGCAUGCUUUAAGAGUGCUUUUUUUUUGGCAUUUCUGGCAUUAGGCACUUCUAGUGCACAGCUCGGGGCCGGCCCUAUGACGACAAGCCCGUUCAUGAGCCAACUGUCGCUGACACUCAGGGUAGGCAGCUUCUUCCUCAGGAGUAUGCACUACUCGUGGUCUUCCCAUAGUUGUAGCUGGGAUGUGUGGAACCACUAAUGGAAAACUCUAUAUUGGGUGCAAGGCCCACUACUGGAGAUGCGGGCGCUGCAAUCGUUUUGGCGAUUGGUUGGAUUGGUUUGACAAUUGACAGCGCUGCCAGCACUUCUUGCUGGCGCAAAAAGAGCCGGCAGCCAUGUGCUCUUAGUGUCGCGUUUCAAUCAUUGGGCAUCGUUCGUUGGCUGCAAACCGCCAGCAUAACAUUUGUUUUUUUCACGGCAGGGUGAAAUCAAUCGUCGAUAAAUUUGAUCGCGAUCUGGCUCUAUCGCCUAAAAUGCACAACCAUAUCAGAUUGGCGUAUAAGAUGACAUUCUCACAGUGGGAAAGGAGUCACUCCAACCCCUUUGAUGAAGUUGAUGAGUUUGUCACACCCAAGCCAAACUGGAACUUACUUAAGCAUUCAUCCCCAUGAAAAACCACUUUUCUGUGUUACUGGCUUUGUGAUGUUUUCAGCAACCAGCCACAUUUUCUGCUCCGCAGUGUCAGUUGAAGCAUGAAAGUGUCAUGCAUGAAAGUGUCAUGAAAGUGUCACAAUCACUGCUAUACUGUUGCAGACCAGACAUUGUGCGAAGUGUGGUCCUGCGUGUAGCCCUGUGUGAUGCAGGUACCACAGCAAUGAGUUUGCACAUCUGUUGUUCAUUAACUAAGAGGUAUAGUCCUGUGGAACAUUAGACCCGAGUUUAAUCUUUCAGAGCAUGUGCCGACAUCCAGAGUAACGGGUGAUGAGUACCUGCCAUGUAGACGUAGGAGCCAGGCACUUAGGACACGCUUCAGUGUUAUCAUUUGUAGAUUCCUUGGCCCAGGUGACAGCAGGUGUCAAGGCUAUAGCAGCAUGGAGCCUCCAAAGACAAACUUCUUUCAACCAGGAAAAGGUUGUGCAGAAGGAAGCGCACACGGGAGCAUAAGUGCAUAUGUCCUGUGAAAGAAUAGACUUCUAGGCUUGGAGGAGAGUUUGGGUGUCAGCAGGGAUCAAAGCUUGUUGUGUCCAAGAUAACAAUGGUGAGUGAUCGAUCUAGUAGGCCAAGUUGUUGAACAUACUCCAAUUAUGUCCCUGAAUCCAAUGCACUGUAACGCUGAAGUGUGAUGGCUUUUUCAGCCUAUGUAUUUGUUGGCAUAUUUGGAAUGUCUUCAUAACUUUCUUCAAUUCACUCACUGCACCAAGUGAGUCAAUGUAGAUGUGAAGCUCCAUAACAUUUUGUAACACGCUCACAUACUCACUUGCAUAAUUUAUGGCUUUCAGUUCUAGUAACAAGGAAUCUGGGGUUUCGGUGGUAUUAGUGCAUGUAUACAUAAUUCAGGAUCACUCAGCCUUGCGAAGGAGGCCCGUCUUCAUGGAAUAACUGUUGCAUCUGUGUACUUGCAUUAAUCCUGAGGAACAGUAGUCUGAGCUGUGCAAAGUGGCUGGUGACAUUGGCAAAGAUUGGUUGAAUUCUUUGUGGCGAGAGAUGUGUAACACCUUGGGAGAAGGUCACCCAGUGUCAAAGAGGGGGACCUCCAUGGAAAAGAUUGUCAAGAGCAGCAGCUGCUGCAAUGCACAGUCUUUCAACUGUGAGUGCCAUUCAAUUUAUGUUGAAGUAAUAUGCUAGUAGACUUUAAAUUCACAUCAUAUCUAUUGGCAGUACCAUUGCUGAACCUAUUACUAAUUUUCUUAAUGCCAAUAUUUCAAAAAAAUAGAAAGACUAUGCUUAUUAGUAUAUUAUUUAAAAUAGCUUGAAUGUAGGCUAUCUUUUGAUUGGAGACAUGCAAAUCAGAGUUUGUAAGAUGUUUGUGAAUUUCAGUAUCAUUAAAAAACUAAGCACUUGGUACUAAAGAAAAAUUUAGGUCAAUAAAGUAUUCUUCAAAAACUUG